AUGGGCCUGGCCCUGGAGGGCCGGAGGGCGCUGCCGCGGGUGGGCGGCGGCCGGCUGGCGGUGCGCGCCGCGGAGGAGGGCACCACGGAGACCAAGUCCAAGCCCAAGCCGCGGCCUGUGGGCCGGAGCUGGAACCCGCCCAAGCUGGAUCCCAACACGCCGUCGCCCAUAUUCGGGGGCAGCACGGGGGGGCUGCUAAGGAAGGCGCAGGUUGAGGAGUUCUACGUCAUCACGUGGGACGCCAAGAAGGAGCAGAUCUUCGAGAUGCCCACCGGCGGUGCCGCGAUCAUGCGCAGCGGUCCCAACCUGCUCAAGUUGGCGCGCAAGGAGCAGUGCCUGGCGCUCACCACCCAGCUUCGCACCAAGUUCAAGACCGACGCCUGCUUCUACAGGGUGUUUCCCUCCGGCGAGGUGCAGUACCUGCACCCCAAGGACGGCGUGUACCCUGAGAAGGUCAACCCCGGACGCGCCGGCACCAACGUGAACGCCAGGCGGAUUGGCGACAACGUCGACCCUGCGCAGGUCAAGUUCACUGGCAAGCUCGGGCCCUUUGAUGUUUGA